CCAUUUGCAGUCGGGGAAAAUCAAAACGCGUCUCAACUCUGGCUCUGACAGAGAGAGGCUGAUUUUAUCUUGACCUGAUUAAUCUUCCCCCUCCUGAACAUGGAAGGAGAGGGCAGCAUUCAUGCUGGGGACAAACUGUGGAGAUGUCAGGACUGCGGGAAGGGAUUCAGAUCCCCGUCCGCCUUGGAAACUCAUCGGCGCAGUCACACCGGGGAGAGGCCGUUCACGUGCCCUGAGUGUGGUAAGGGGUUCGCAUGCUCAACCACCCUGCGGACACACCAGCGUGUUCACACUGGAGAGAGACCAUUCAUUUGCUCCGUGUGUGGGAAGGGAUUCACCCGAUCGUCCCACCUCGUGACACACAAGCGAGUUCACACCGGGGAGCGACCUUUUAAAUGCCCGGACUGUGAGAAAUGCUUCAAAAGGUCCGACGAACUGGUGUACCAUCAACGGGUUCACGCCGACGAGAGACCAUUCGGGUGCCCUCACUGUGGGACUGGCUUCAGGCGGUCGUCUGACCUUGCUAUACACCGGCGCAUCCACACCGGGGAGAGGCCCUUCUCCUGCUCUGAGUGCGGGAAGGGAUUCACCCGGUCAACCCACCUGCUGACACAUCAGCGGAUUCACACUGGGGAGAGACCCUUUAUGUGCCCAGACUGUGAGAAACGCUUUAAAAGCUCUGCAGAACUGAUUUACCAUCAACGCGUCCACACGGAUGAGAGACCGUUCAGGUGCUCCCACUGCGGGGCUGGGUUCAGGGGCUCGUCUCAACUCGCUGAGCACCGGCGAAUUCACACUGGGGAGAAGCCAUUCCCUUGCUCAGAGUGCGGAAAGAGAUUCACACACUCCUCCAACCUCGUGUUACACAAGCGAGUCCACACUGGUGAGAGACCAUUUGCCUGCUCUGAGUGCGGGAGGGGAUUCACUCGAUCGUCCCACCUGCUGAGACACCAGCGGGUUCACAACAUGGAUCCAACAGGGGUUGCAGUUUCCAGCACGCCUGCAAAGGAAGGCUGCGCACGCGCCCUGCUGCAGAAUGCCCCCUACAAACAUGGCGACCACGCACUCCUCUCGAGCAACAAUGCCCCCGAGAAAGAUGGCGACGAAGAAAGAGAAACAGACAGCCAGGUUGUGUUGGACAUACCCCCUACAAAUAUGGCGGCUGCGCAUGCGUCCUCCUGUCGAGUGCCCCCAACAACGAUGGCGGCCACGUCCUGCGGCCUGUUGCUGGGAGGAAGCCUGGAGCCUCUGUCCCGUGUGGUGCACAACGGAGUAGUGGGAGGCUCUUACCAGGGGAUCGCAGUUCACACCAAACGUUCGCGAGACUUCUACAUCCAACCGCCCGGUUUGUCGCUCCCUCCACCCCGCCUCAUUCUCAGCGUUUUCGGACGGAAAGGAAAAGGAACCGUGCACCGACCGCCAUUUGUAAUCCCGCGCAUGCUCCGUACACCGUCCAGGACCGCGCAGGCGCUCUGCUCUCGGGAGAUCAGUGCGCAGGCGCGGGCCCGCUGGGCGGACGGAGCAUGCGCGGACCCGUUAACCGCGGACCGUCUUUGCUUGUCUCCGGUCCGUAAACGAAGUUAUCGGUGGCCGGCUGACGGCGGAGUGAGGGCGAGUGGUUUACGGGAGGCAUUCGCCGAAGUUUUGACCAUGGAAGGAAACAGCACCAUUGGCAGUGGGGAGAAGCUGUUGACGUGUGGAGAAAGCUUCAGCCAGCCUUCUGGCCUUUCGAGACACAACUGCAGAGCCAGCGGUGAGAGACCGUGGAAAUGUGAGGCUUGCGGGAAGGGAUUCCGAUCCCCUUCUGAACUGGAAACCCAUCGACGCUGUCACACCGGGGAGAGGCCGUUCACCUGCUCCAGGUGCAAGAAGGGGUUCACUCGGUUAUCCACCCUGCUCUCCCACCAGCGGGCUCACACCGGGGAGAGGCCGUUCGCCUGCUCCGAGUGCGGGAAGGGAUUCUCGCGGUUAUACCACCUCCUGACACACCAGCGGAUUCACACCGGCGAGAGACCAUUCACCUGCUCUGAAUGUGGGAAGGGAUUCACUCAAUUCUCCAGCCUGCUGAUCCACCAGCGAGUGCACACCGGGGAGAGGCCGUUCACAUGCACUGAGUGUGGGAAGGGCUUCACUAAUUCAUCCAACUUGUUGGAACACCAGCGAAUUCACACCGACGAGAGACCUUUUCGAUGUACAGAGUGUGGGAAGUGCUACAAAAGUUCCGGGGAACUAAUAUCCCAUCAACAUGUUCACACCGACGAGAGACCGUUCACCUGCUCUCACUGUGGGACUGCAUUCAAGACAGCAUCUGGCCUCACUAAACACCAGCGAGGCCACAGCGGGGAGAAGCCGUUCAUCUGCUCCAAGUGUGGGAAGGGAUUCACUCAGUCGUCCAACCUGUGGAAACACCAGCGAGUUCACACCGGGGAGAAGCCGUUCACCUGCUCCGAGUGUGGGAAGGGAUUCGCUGAAUCGUUCACUCUGCUGAGACACCAGCAAAUUCACACCGGGGAGAGGCCGUUCACCUGCCCCCACUGUGGCAAGGGAUUCACUCACUCAUCUAACUUGCUGACCCACCAGCGACUUCACAAGUAACUGCAAUAUUUGGACUUGCCUGUUAAGUCUCAUCAAAUGUUCAUUGUUAUGUGUUUCUGUUGAUAAUAAACUAAACCCUAAUUCAGGUGUUUAGUUCUAGAUGUAGGUUUGCUCACUGAGCUGCAAGGUUCAUUUCCAGACGUUUCAAUACCCUACUAGGUUAAUAUCUCCAGUGGGCCUCAGGCGAAGCAGUGUACAUGAUUCUUGCUUUCUAUUUAUAUGUUUGGGUUUCUUUGUGUUGGUGAUGUCAUUUCCUGCGGUGAUGUCAUUUCAUAUGGUGACGUCAUGUCCUGUUUUUCUCAGGGGGUGGUAGAUGGGGUCUAACUCGAUGUGUUUGUUGAUAGAGUUCUGGUUGGAAUGCUAUUGCUUCUAGGAAUUCUCAUGCGUGUCUCUGUUUGGCUUGUCCUAAAUAACACCAAACCAAAGAAACACAAACAUAUAAAUAGAAAGCGGGAAUCUUGUACACUGGUCCACCUGAGGCCCACUGAAGAUGGUACCGAAUAGGGUGACGAAACGUCUGGAAAUGAACCUUCCAGCUCAAUGAGCAAACCUACAUCCAGGACCUCAACCUGAGCUACAAAUCUUCUCAAAA